AAUAGAAGAUUAUCAAUUACUAAGGGACUUGAUGCUUGUCUGCCCCAUUCGCCAAAACUUUUAUUAAUGAAAGAGUGAAAGAAUGUUCAUGCCGCAAACAAAGAAGAUGAGGUGUCAAUCUGAUAGACAAGUCAAAAGGCAAUCCACUUUUCACGAGGAACGUAUCAUUUCUAGGGAAUAAGUGAGCGUGAUCAUCAGAUUUUAUUCAUAGAUAUGGAAUUGCAAUGGACACUCCUAUUUUUGUAAGCUCAGAUAGUGGACAGGCCUACAUAUUUCCAGUGAUGACGACCAAUAUCAUUGUAUACCUCUUAAAGUUGAGAUUCUAGGGAAUCUGGAGCACAACUCCUGAUAUCAUGAAUGCCUUCAGCACUUCAGGUUGCAAAUAUAAAUAGGGCAUGAACCUGCGCCCAUCAGUUCACCCAAGUUCACAUUUGAGGCCAAGCCAGCUUCUUUGCACCUUAAGAGCGCAAAGCCUAUAAGUAGAGCCCAACCAGUUUUUUUUUACCUACAACCUCAAAAUUAUCAUUCCUCACUAACCAUGUCAAGGGACCCACUAGUAGUAGGACAUGUUGUUGGCGACAUUUUAGAUCCUUUUAUCAAAUCAGCCUCACUUAAGGUUCUGUACAACAAUAAGGAACUGACCAAUGGAUCUGAGCUCAAGCCGUCACAAGUAGCAAAUGAACCAAGGGUCGAAAUAGCUGGGCGCGACAUGAGGAACCUCUACACUCUGGUGAUGGUGGAUCCAGACUCUCCAAGUCCAAGCAACCCAACAAAAAGAGAAUACCUUCAUUGGUUGGUGACAGACAUCCCAGAAUCAACAAAUGCUAGCUAUGGAAAUGAAAUUGUCAGUUAUGAAAAUCCAAAGCCAACUGCUGGAAUACAUCGCUUUGUCUUUGUACUUUUCCGCCAAUCUGUCCAGCAAACUGUUUAUGCUCCAGGAUGGAGACCGAAUUUCAACACUAGAGACUUUUCAGCACUUUAUAAUCUUGGACCUCCUGUGGCUGCUGUGUUCUUCAAUUGUCAAAGGGAGAAUGGGUGUGGAGGCAGACGGUAUAUUAGAUAA